AUGGUGAUGUUGAGAAAGGGUGAGUGGGUGUGGGUGGACUCUGGUACCGGGGUGCCCAUUGGAGCCCGGGUCAAAGUGACCGACACUGGACACCAGCUGCUGGUGGACGAUGAAGGAAAGGAAUACAAGCUGUCCCAGAAGGACGACUCCAUCAGGGUGAUGCACCCCACCUCGGUGGAGGGGGUGGACGACAUGAUCCGCCUGGGGGACCUCAACGAGGCUGGGCUCCUCAGGAACCUGCUGGUCCGACACAGACAAGGCAUUAUCUAUACCUACACAGGCUCUGUGCUGGUGGCAGUCAACCCUUACCAGGAGCUUCCUCUCUACACCGCCGACCAGGUGAGGCGGUACCAUGGGCGUAGGCUGGGCGAACUACCCCCGCACGUCUUUGCCAUCGCAGAUACCUGCUACUUCAACAUGCGCCGCCACAACAGAGACCAGUGCUGUAUCAUCAGUGGGGAGUCGGGUGCAGGGAAGACUGAGAGUACCAAGCUGGUACUUCAGUUCCUGGCUGCAGUAAGUGGACAGCACUCCUGGAUAGAGCAGCAGAUACUGGAGGCUAACCCUAUAUUAGAAGCAUUUGGGAAUGCCAAAACAAUUCGCAACGACAACUCCAGUCGCUUUGGGAAAUACGUGGAAAUCUUCUUCAACAAAGAUGGCGUCAUCGAAGGGGCUCGACUGGAACAGUACUUACUGGAGAAGUCUCGUGUCUGCCAUCAGGCCAUUGAGGAGCGGAACUACCACAUAUUCUACUGCAUGUUAACGGGGAUGACAACAGAACAGAAAAAAAAUCUGUGUUUGGGAGAUGCCUCUGAAUUCAACUACCUCAAGAGGGGGGACUGUAUUGUCUGCGAUGGACGUGACGAUGCUAAGGACUACACCCGUAUCCGCUCGGCCCUGAAAAUCCUCACCUUUACUGAGACCCACUGCUGGGAGAUCCUCAAGCUGCUUUCUGCACUACUCCACCUGGGCAAUGUCAGCUUUGAAGCCUCCAUCUUGGAUAACAUGGAGAGCUCUGAUGUCAGUUCAUCGGAUCACUUUACAAUUGCAGCCAAAUUGCUGGAGGUGCAGCCUGCGUCUCUGGGUGUGAGCUUGACUUACCGCUCCUUCAUGACCAACAGAGAGCGAGUGUCCAAACCCCUCAGCUCUGAACAGGCAGCCGACUGCAGGGACGCCUUCGUUAAGGCAAUAUAUGGUAAACUAUUUAUCUGGAUUGUUGGGAGAAUCAACAGUGCCAUCCAUAAGACUCCCACCAACGGUCCCAAAUACGUCCGUAACUCCAUUGGCUUGCUGGACAUCUUUGGGUUUGAGAACUUUGCCUCAAACAGCUUUGAACAGCUGUGCAUCAACUUUGCCAAUGAGCAGCUGCAGCAGUUCUUCGUGCGUCAUGUGUUCAAGCUGGAGCAGGAGGAGUACACCAAGGAGGACAUCGUCUGGAAAAACAUCACCUUCAACGACAACACACAAACCCUUGAUCUCCUGGUUGGGAAGCCCCUCAAUGUGUUGGCUCUGAUUGAUGAGGAGAGCCACUUUCCCAAGGGCACAGAUGUCACCAUGUUGAACAAGAUGAACCAGGUUCAUGCCAAGGGCAACAUCUACAUUCCGUCUAAGAACACCCACGACAUGGAGUUUGGGAUCCGCCAUUUUGCUGGGGUUGUUUACUAUGACUCAAGAGGAUUCCUGGAGAAGAACAGAGAUACUCUCAGCUCUGACAUGAUCAAGUUGAUUGACACGACCACCAACAAGCUGCUGAGACAUAUCUUUGAGACGCAGCUCAGUGCUAAUACGGACGGCAGGAAACAGGUGUCCACGCUGAGCGGUCAGUUCCGCCAGUCCCUGGACUCCCUCAUGAAGGCCCUGUCCAUCUGCCAGCCACACUUUAUCCGCUGCUUCAAGCCCAACGACAACAAGAAGUCCAUGUGUUUUGACAGAGACCUGUGCAUACGUCAGCUGCGGUAUUCUGGAAUGAUUGAUACCAUCAGAAUCCGGAAACUGGGAUAUCCAAUCCGUCACACGUUCAAGCAGUUUCUGCAGCGGUACAGAGUGCUCCUGAAGACAACCUUUUAUAUCCUCCUCCCUCUCCUAACCCAGGAGUCAGCAUCAGCCUGCUGUAUUGCCAUUUGCAAGGCCGUGAUCACAGGACAUGACGACUGGAAGAUCGGCACGACUAAGAUCUUCCUAAAGGAUGCCCAUGACUCCCUACUGGAGUGGGAAAGAGAGCGAGAGCUCAACAGGAAAGCCCUCAUCAUCCAGAGGGUCAUUCUUGGCCACAGAGACAGGAAGAGCUUUGUAAAGAAAAGGAGAGCCGCGGUGGUGAUACAGAAGCAUUGGAGAGGUUACAAAGACAAGAGACAAUAUAGAAAGCUCCAGCGCGGCUUUCAGCGUCUGCAGUCUAAGAUCCGUGGUCGUCUGUCCCGGCUGCAUUACCUGAAGGAGCUGGCGGCGGCCGUCACUAUGCAGUCCCAAGUGCGCGGGUACCUGGCCAGGAAGAGUUAUAAGAGCAAGAGAAAAGCUGUGACUGUCCUCCAGGCACACACCAGAGGCAUGCUGGCUAGGAAGACCACCAACAAGAUGAGAACAGAUGCAUUCCUAUCAGCCCGGGAGCGGGAGACGAGGGAGCAGACAGCCGCAGAGCUCCAGCGGAGGCUAGAGGAGGUCCUCAGCCAAUCACAACAGACUGCUGCCGAGCCAGAGCCAGUCAGUGAGCAGGAAAUGGUGGAAACCAUGUUUGAAUUCCUGCCCCACAAAGUGUCAGUAGGAGGGCGGGAGGGCCCGGCUCCAGAGGGCUUUGAGGACUUGGAGAGAACGCGAACAAUCCCAGAGGUGACUGAGGAGAGCCGAGAGGAGAGUCAAGAUGAGAGCCCACUACCAGUGGUGGAGUACAAUGAUGAGGAUGAGGAGUUCUCCUUCAUCAAGUUCAGUGCUCUGCACUUCCAGGGCUCUGCUACCCACAGUCACAUAACCCAGAGGCUGCGGCAGCCCCUGCUCUACCACGAGGACGAGGGGGACACACUGGCCUGUCUGACAGUGUGGUGGAUCAUCUUGAGGUUCAUGGGGGACAUCGCUGAGCCUAAACAGAUCAACCAGGAGCCCUCCACCGUCAUCCAGAAGAACCUUGGCCAGAGACAGAACAGGAGGCUCAGCAAUCUGGUGGGCCUGGAUCAGCCAGAGACUAUGUCGGAGGACAAAGACAUUCUAAUUGGAGAGGGGCGCACUUUGGAUAGGCCAAUAUCCGACCUGGAAAAACUGCACAUUAUUGUUGGAUACGCCCUAUCCAGACGAGAUAUAAGGGAUGAGAUAUAUUGUCAGAUCAUUAAACAGCUGGUGAACAAUAAGAACCAGAAGAGUUCCCUCAGAGGCUGGGUCCUCCUGUCCAUCUGUCUUGGUAUCUUCCCCCCAACAGAACUCCUUAUGCAGUAUCUGGAGAGCUUCCUGCGCAGAGGGCCAAGUAGCUAUGGUCCGUACUGUGCUGAGCGCCUGCGUCGCAUCGUGGCCAAUGGGGAGCGAGGCGAACUGCCUUGUUGGAUAGAGCUCCAGGCCGUCAAGACCAAGAAGCCCACACAAGUAUCUGUGGCCCUGAUGGACGGCCUUAGUGUCAGCCUGCCUGUUGACUCAGCCUGUACCUCUGCUGAGGUGUGCCAGGCUCUGGCCAAGAAAGUCAACAUUAAGGAUACCUACGGAUUCUCUCUUUACAUUGGCUUCUAUGAGAAGGUGUGGUCCCUGGGCAGUGGCGGGAAGCACGUGAUGGAUGCUAUCUCGCAGUGCGAGCAGGAAGUGAGGCGGAAGGGCGAGGAGGAGCAGCAUGCCUCCUGGAGACUCUACUUCCGCAAGGAGUUGUUUACGCCCUGGCACGAUUCCUCGAUAGAUGCCGUCAGCACGGAUCUCAUCUACAGACAGGUCAUCAGAGGCCUCAAGUCUGGGGAGUACCAUUCUGAGAAGGAGGAUGACUUUGUCCAGCUGGCAGCGAUGUACUACUAUGUGACGUUUGGGUCAACCAACAGUGUAGAAAAUGCCAAGAAGGUGGUGGGGGAAUGCAUCACUACUGAACUUAUUGAGACCAAGUCACAAGGAAAAUGGAUUCAGCUGGUCACCGCAGCACAUACACAGGGUCCUUUCAUAAACAGCAGAAGGAGCACAGACAGCGUGAAGGGGGAUGUGGUCGACUACGCUCGUCAGAAAUGGCCCAUCUUCUUCUCCAAGUUCUACGAGGUUACGCAAAUGUCAGGACCUCCUCUAUCCAAAAGCAAUUUUAUUGUGGCCAUCAACUGGAAUGGGAUCUCCUUUCAGGACGAGAAAGAGAAGAAGCUCCUUGAGCUGCCCUACCCAGAGGUGACUGGGGUAAACAAGUCCAGUGAUGACGGCAGGAUCGACAGCAGUCAGUCUGUGAGCCUGGCCACACUGAGAGGGCAGUUCCUACUGCAGUCUGUGGAGGCAGGGGAGAUGGCUGACCUGAUCCAGUGGUACCUGGAGGGCCUGAGGGAGCGCUCCGUCUACGCAGUAGCCCUGCAGGACAUCAACAGACAGGACGACCCCACGUUCCUGAGCUACAAGCGAGGGGACAUGCUGGUCAUCCUGAAGGACGGAGAGUACUCCCCUGACCGGGGCUGGAUCAAAGGCACUAACGAGCGCACCGGGAACACCGGCGCCGUCUCCACGGAUACCGUCCUGGUUCUGCCAACCCUUGACAAGCCCAGCGAUACCACACUGAGUCUACUGAAUCUGAGCCCAGAUCAGAGGACAGUGGCUCAGAACGCACCCGCCAGGGAAGAGGCAGUGUCCCCAGUCUCACUGAAAGAGUUUGCCUAUGACUACUUCAGGCAGCCUGGUAAAGAAGGGGGCCGCGGGGCGCAGGCCAGAGGCAGGGAGAAACUUUGGGCUGCCUCCAAAGAACCCAUAAAACAGCCCCUACUGAAGAGUCUGGUGGGCAACACCGACCUCAGCCAUCUGGCCUGCAUCUCCUUCACUGCUAUCCUAAAGUACAUGGGAGAUUACCCCAUCAAACAGGUGCGCCAGCCCAUAGAGCUGACUGACCAGAUCUUUGGUCCGGCCACUCAGCAUGUGCCUUUACAGGAUGAGGUCUACUGCCAGAUCAUGAGGCAGAUGACCAGUAACAACAGCAGAAUGAGUGUAGACUAUGGUUGGCAGCUCCUUUGGCUGUGUACCGGCCUCUUCCCCCCCAGUCAGAUCCUGCUGAAGUACACCCAGCGUUUCCUAGAGUCACGGCCCAGAGAGCCCCUGGCUGCAGACUGCCUGCAACGGCUACAAAUGCUAGUCAGUAUGGAGCCCAGGAAGCUGCCUCCACAUCAGGUGGAGGUGGACGCCAUUCAACAGGACAGCAACCAGAUCUUCCAUAAAGUCCACUUCCCUAACGACAGAGCUGAGCUCUUCGAGGUGACAUCAACGUCUAGGAUUCGUGACCUUGUUCGUAACAUUGCCUACAAGCUCAUUCUGGCCUCAGCUGACGGUUACAGUCUCUUCAUGAAAACGCCAAACAAGGUGGUGAGCUUACACGACCAAAACUACUUCUUUGACAGUUUGAGGGAGACGACAGACCAACCUAAGAAAACGAAGAGAGCCAGAGAGGUGAAGAAAGGAGGUCCAGCCACCAUGCCCUACCUGGUUAUAUUCAUGAGGAAGCUGUGGUUCAACGUGACCCCAGGAAGAGACCUGACCGCUGACCUCACUUUCCAUUUCCCACAGGAGUUGCCCAAGUACCUGCGUGGCUACCACAAGUGUACCAAGGAGGAAAUGACCAGCCUGGCUGGCCUGCUGUUCCGGGUCAAGGUGGACACGGACAGGUCCCAGUUUGUCAUGAUUCCCAGGAUGCUGAAGGAGCUGGUGCCAGCUGACGAGAUGAAAACCAUGUCCCCAGAGGACUGGAAGAAGCACAUCAUCGCCUCCUACAACAAGCAGGCCGGGAUUACCUUGGACGAGGCUAAAGUGGCCUUUCUAAAAGGCAUCUGCCACUGGCCGACGUUCGGCUGUGCUUUCUUCGAAGUAAAGCAAACCUCUGAACCGAGUUACCCGAGUAUCAUGCAAAUUGCAAUCAGCAAGCAAGGAGUCAACUUCAUCAACCCCAAAACAAAGGAGUUUCUGGUCAUGCACCCGUUCAACCGCAUCACCAACUGGUCCAGCGGGAGCACUUACUUCCACAUCACCAUUGGCAACCUGGUCAAAGGGAACACUUUACUUUGUGAGACCUCAUUGGGUUACAAAAUGGAUGACCUCUUAUCAUCUUAUGUGAACAUGUACGAGAUGCAGAGGCAGGCUGUGCGACCCAGAAAUAACUCCAUGUUCCCUACCUAAUGCCUGCUGGGAAAUAUGGAGGACAAGGAAGAUUCAUUUAAUUGAUAGAACUAGUAAUUUGAUGGAGGAAUUUAAUUAUUAUAUUGCUUUUCAGUUGGUCUAAAACCUUUUGCCUAGUUUUGUAAUUAAAAUGCUGUAUUGAAUUGACACUGUGCCUUGUGUAUGUGUGUAAAAGAUUUCUCAUAGCAAUUUUGAAUACCAGUAUCCACAGUGUGA